AUAUGUGGCAACAUAGCUAUAUCUUCGCGCCUAGAUAUAUGUCACUGUUAUAACAUUGAGUUGGUACUUCUUAGGGAUUCUUCUUCUUCUUUUCCUGCAGUUUUCAUGUGUAAAGCCGACUGUUAGUAUAUUCAUUGGUUGACGCUGCGCCAUUUUGUAUACCCAACAUGGAUGAUAAAUGUUGAUUUCAUCAGUUUGUGUUCACAUAAAAUCAGAAUCGACUCCGAAUAAUAAUCACAACGGCGGUGUCGGACAGACGAUAAGUUCGGGCAUCGGAAAUAACAAACUAUGAAGUUUACGCCACUUAUUGUAUAGUGUAAAUAUCAUUUACCGGUACGCUUGUACAUUUCGGUGUCGAAUUUAAUUUUCACCCAGUUAAUAUAUAGUAACUAAGUUUUUUGUUUAAUUAGCCGGACCACUGGAUAUAUGAUUAUGUAUACGGGAACGAAUACUGAACAGGACAACCGCUUCAGCGAUAAGGAGAAAAAACUCCUUAAGCAGAUGAAGUUCUCAGAUUGCUUAAGCCAACGGGUUGAUAUGUCCAAAAUAAAACUGGACGUUAUUAAGCCGUGGAUUCAAGACAAACUGACUGAGAUCCUCAAAAUUGACGAUGAUGUGGUUGUCGACUUCGUUUACAAUCAAUUAGAGGAAAAGUAUCCAGACCCUAAAAAAAUACAAAUUAAUUUAACUGGGUUCUUACAUGGAAAAAAUGCCAGGGAAUUCAUGGCAGAACUUUGGGCCCUUCUACUGUCUGCCCAAGAUAACCCCACAGGAAUACCAGACUCACUGAUUGAUUUAAAAAGAGAAGAACUUGCCAAGAAAAAGGAAAUAGAAGAAAAGAAUCGCGAAAAGGAGCGUGAUAAGGAACGGGACCGUGACAAAUCGGAAAAAGACCGCAAAUACAGAGACAGAUCGAGAUCAAGGCGCAGCAGGUCCCGUUCGUCCAGACCGAGCAGGCGGCGUUCUAACGACCGUUCCAGUCGGCAAAACGACAAGGGCGGCGGUGGCGACAAGAACCGUCCCUCCAAGGGCCGCGACGCCAGAUCCAGGAGCCGCGACAGGAACUCUGUCAGCAAGGACAGAAAGUCGAGGAGCCGCGACCGGAAGUCCCGCAGUCGCGACAGAAACAAGAGCGGUGAUAGGAAGUCGAGGAGCAGGGACAGGAAGUCGACCAGCAAGUCCAGGAGCAGGUCCAGGUCAGCGAUGGAGAACGAGGUCAAAAACAACGGGAACAUCAGUCCUGGGGAGAGGCCGAAUAAUGGACGUGAAGGGUCCGAGAAGGCGGACACCAACACCAACGGCAAACACAGCAGUUCCGGAAUGCCCGUCUCGAAGCUGCAGGCCAAACUGAUGUCGCUGGCCGAGAACUCGUCGAAGAACUCUCGUUCCCGCAGUCGGUCGCGGUCUCGUUCCAGGCGCAAGUCCCGGUCCAAGUCGCGUUCGACGAGCCUCUCGAAGUCCCGUUCGCGGUCCAAGGAAGGCGCCAAGGAGAGACGUCGCUCACGUUCGAGUUCGGCGGGAUCGAAGGUGGGCGCAGGCGGAGCUGGAGACUCGUUCGAGAUCAGGAAGAAGGAGGAGAGCGUGCAGAAGAAGCGGCAUUAUCGGUCGAACAAGGACAGUUCGGACAGCGAACCGGAGGGCAGACGAAAGAGAAGUAGGAGCAAGUCGCCGAGGAGGAGGCGCAACAGCAAGGACAGGAGUCCCAGAAGGAAGAGGAGUCUGUCGAAGAAGCGCAGCACUUCGCGUAGACGGUCCGUCAGUCGCAAGAGGAGUUUGUCCAGAAGACGCAGCCUGUCGCGUAAGAGAAGCGUGAGCCGUCGCAGACGCAGCCCAUCACGGGGUCGCCGCAGCACCCCACGACGACCGAGCCCCCGCCGUCGUCGCAGUUACAGUCGGCGCAGGAGCCCGAGCCGUGGACGCAGAGGCAGGCGAAGCAGGAGCCGCCGCAGUCCCAGCCGCAGGCGCAGGAGCAUCAGCCGUAGGAGGGGCGCCAGUCGUGACCGACUUGACAGACGUUUUGGGAGAAGGAGCCGCAGCCGAGACAGACCCUACCGCAGGCCGUCGCCACCACGGGACAGAAGACGGUCUAGAUCGCGGGACCGUCGCUCGCGGUCCAGGCAUCGCAACAGCCGUGACAGAGGCAGCGUACGAAGGAAGUCGCCGGUCCGUCGUUCUUCACCCAGAGAGCGCGAUCAUCCGCGCAAGCCCAGUCCUAGUCCGGUAACCAGGAACGACAAGCCACGCACAGAGAGGGACACGUCGCGUGACUCACGGCCUACACCAGCUUCGAAGAAACCCGAAAGCAAAAAGGAAGAAGUGACUAAAAAGUUGGAGGAGCAGCCUAAGGUUCGCGAGGAGCGGGUGGAGAAGAAGCAGGAGGAGAAAAGGAAAAUCUCGACUUCUGAAAGUCAUCCUGUUGUAGAGGCUAAGAGUAAGGAGAAGGAGAGGAAGAAGUCUAGGAGCAUUAGUCCGGAGAAGAAGAAGGGUAAAUAUCCCAUUCCGCCGUACGGACCUCCUAGAUAUUCAAGAAGUCUGUCAAGAACCCCAUCUCCGUUCAUCAAGGCUCACGAAUUCCCACCCAAAAAGCAAACGGCCGCUUCAGUAAAGGAGGACAGAAAGAAACACAAGGAAAAGGUCGAGGUUAAGCCGAAGAAGGUUUCCAAGAAACCUUCGAAGAGCGAGUCUGAGUCGUCCAGUGAUUCGGAAAGUGACGAACCUAAAGAAAAAGAAAAGGACAAGAAGAAAUUAAAACUGAAGAGGAAGCCUAAAAAACGUGAUUCCAGCUCGAGUGACAGCGAAGCAGAACACUCGUCGAGGAGUAAGAAAGAGCGGGGUAGUAGUGUCGAAGCUGACAAGAAGAAGGUUUCUAAGAAGAAACGGGACAGCAGCGACGAAAGGUCGAGCAAGAAGCGACAUCAGAGUUCUGAUUCGGAGGAUGACAGGAAGGCGCGGAAGAAGCAUCGUUCCAUUAGCUCUGAGAAAACUAAGAAGUCCAAACGUGACGAUUCCAGCGACAGCGAAUCCCACAAGUCCAAAAACAAGAAGAAGCAGGACAGCAGCGAUGAGUCGGAUAAGGAAAAGUCGAAAAAACAUAAGAAAGAUAGCUCGUCGGACAGCGAGGACGAAUCCACUAAAAAGCGGAAGCACAAGAGGAAGAAGUCCGGAAGCGAGUCGGAUGACGAAUUAGAAUCUAAGAAGAGGAAAAAGGAUAAAAAGCAUAAGAAGAAGAAGAAACACUCGAAGAAACACAAGAAACACAAGAAGAAGAAAGCCGACAGUGAUGAUUCCGACAAUAGUGACGUAGAAGUUAUUAAUGAGGACGAAAAGAAAUUAAGGGAGAAAGCUCUUAAGUCGAUGAAGCGGCAGAACUCAAGCGACAAGUCUGAGUAAUAUUUUGUUUUAUAGUUUAACUAAUUAAAUAAUAUGAUUAUAAGUAGGAUUAAUGAGUGAUUUUGUGUAUUGUUUUCUUUUUUGUCAUCCAUUCCGUAUGUUGAUGUCAUAAUAAAGUUAUGAAUGUGA